CUGAAACAUCUGAAACAUCUGAAACAUCUGAAACAUCUGAAACAUCUGAAACAUCUGAAACAUCUGAAACAUCUGAAAUAUCAGAAGUAUCUGGAAUAUCGAGAAUGCCUGAAUAUCUGGUGUAUCUGGAAUAUGGAAUACUUACAAUAUCUGGAAUAUAUGGAAUACCUAGAAUAUCUGGAUAUCUGGAAAGGAUGUUGGAAACCUAGAAACUUGGGGGAUCUUGAUCUUGACAUGGUAGGAGGAAGGUUUGAAUCUAGUGUCUGGAGAAUUUAAUUUGCACACAUGAUUGUGGGAUCCGAAAGCACAAAAGGUAGUACUGGGACGUGGAAACAGAAGUAAAUAAAACUACAGAAUUCAGAUCAGAUAUUGAAAAGACUCAAUUUAUCUUGAUUGCUAAAUAAUCCAGUAAAGCCAGAAGGUUCGGGAGAUGUAUAACAUAAGAUGAAGUCAAAGAUCUAGCAGAUACAGACGAAUCAAUCCGAAAAAUUUAGAAUACCAAAUAGUCUUCAAGUCCAAAGGGGCUCAGAGAAGGCCGAAUGUCUAGGAUAUGUUCAAAGUGGUCGGAAACCUAGAGUUUCCAGGGUGGCUCGGUUUUGCAGAUACGCAUAUGAUCUAAAUCAUCCAGAGGAGAAUUCGGCAAUAAACUUCAAAUUAUCCAAAUCAUCCAGAGGGAGUCCAGAAGAUCAAAUUGAAGAAAUCCGAAGGAUUAAGAAAACUUAGACCAGAAAAUCUAAAACACUCAAACCAUUCAGAUCUCAAAAAAUAAAAAUAAGUCCAGAAGCUCCAAAAAGCUUAACGGACCCGGAAACCCCAGACGCAGGGUCUCCUAGUCUUGUAAGUAAUGCAGCAGAUACAUAUGACUAUCAAAGGAUCCAAUAAAUCCAGAUAAUUCAAAGAGUUGAAGAUUUAGUAAAUGUACAUGAUCUAAAAUUUCCAAAGGGUAGCUUCUGGAAGAGGGUCUGGAUAUUAUGGAAAUGCAGUACCAUCGGAACUGUCAAUAGAAGAAGAUGUGGAAGAGACAGGACUGUGUGAUAGCGAUGUACGGAGAAAGAAAGGGAGAGAUAGGUCGGAAGGGAAAACGUAUGGAAAACUAGAGAGAAAUGGAAAUAGGGGACUAUAAGGAGCACUUGAUCCAGAUGCUACAGAAAAAUUAAGGAGCAAAAAGAGUAUAAGAGGAAAAGCCGAGUGAGAAGAGGACGGGGUGAGAAGAGGAGGAAUAGGGUAAAAAUUACAGGAGCAGAUGAGAAGGCAGGGGGUCGAAAGGGAUGAGUCAAAAACCCGACAUUGAUAAUAUAAGCCACAGAUCAAACUAAGAAGAAGUUGAGGAGGCUAAUGAAUGAGAUACAAAAAAUAAGGUCUACGAGAGAAAAAGAAAAAAGUGGUAGUAGUACAGGUUUACAAAAGAAGGAGCAAAGACCAACUGAAACGCUAUACAAGGGCAGAGUAUAGGGCACCUGCUAAAGGACUGUAGAGAUUAUCUCUGGAUUACUCGCGCUUUUUCUGCAGUAGCAGAUUUGAAGACGAAACCCGCUUCACAUUUAAACUCAGAAGGAACUAUCCGUCGGGAAAUUGAAACCUCCAAAUUACCACAUGUAUUACCUUACGCUUGUAAAUUAACUUAUUAUGUAAAUCAUUUUCGUGGGACCAAGUGCGACAAAGUGUAUAUAAAGGGAUGUGGGGUACUAGUAAACUCACUCAUGAUGAAAGUAAUGAUGGAGUUAUUGCUUAUUUUACUCGCCUCCGCAACCGUUUUCGCCUUCAACUCCAGCAUAUCCACCAGGGACACAUUCAACGAUUGGGGCGAAAAAGUCAAAGAGUUUCCCGAAUGUCUGACUUCUUCCGGCGCAACCCAAGAGGAAGUCGACCAGUACUUUGGUUUUUACAAGCUAUCGUCGACGCGCAACUUCCGAUGUUACAUCAGCUGCUUGUACAAGGCGCUAGAAUUUCUUUCUGAUGAUGGCCUCAACGUGGAAGAAAUCGUUAAGGGCGUCCCGCGUCUUUCCUACGACGAGGCGGCCGCCUGUAUCGAAAGCGUACGCAAUGUUUCGGACGAUUGCGAGAUCUCCUAUGGGUUCGCCUAUUGCAUCGUUCAUGGGAAGACCUAUGAUUUUAAUGAGAACUAAUUUGUUACUGUGUGAAAUAGUCAAAUAAACAAUAAUACAGUUUUUUUGAUCGGUCAACAGCAGUUGGCAAAUGUGAAUUGAACAGACCAAUGUGCAGACUCGCUGGACAACGAGAACAGAUGUCGAGUAGCAACACUUUUUCGCCCUUAUUUCUGAACGAUACGUAUAAAAAAAAAACGAAUCCAAAAAGGGAGCUGAUUUGCAUUUUUCGUCGCCAAAAGAUACAGAAACAGUUUUGCAUGGGUACACGGUUUUAUUACCGAAUAGACUGUAAAAUCUCGAUUUAAAAUUCAAAUUGAGCUCUUGUUUUUUCUAGAUACGCCUAGUCGUAGAGGACGUUUCGGCACUAAAUCACUUCGAAGCGAAGUUAUACCGGCACAAGGCCACAUGGAUGGAAAGAUAUUGUGGGCCGAAAGUCCCUUUGGUAUCAAGUCUUCUGGGGACGACUUCGCCGGUACCGCAUCACGUCGUCAAUUCUGAUUUUAGGAAUAUUGUAAUGCCAACUUAUUAACAAGAAAUUAAUUUAUAGCACAAUAAACCUUUUUCUUAGUCU